AAUAAGAAGGGAACCCAGAGACAGAGAGACUCAGAGUCGAAAGACACUCAUCCAGCCCUGCAAUGCCCAGUAGUACCCCAAGCACCAACGGAAUCAUGCCUGAAGUAAAGAAAGCAGGAAGAAAAGGAUCAAGAGCAGAAGCAAAUCCUGCAGAAAAGGCGCCACCAUAUGACCCCAACAUCACUGAACCCAAUACUAGAGCUGAGCUGAUGAAAUACUGGAUAAAUCUCUCUCUGGAUGACAGAACUGCUCAGAAAAUGUUGUGGCUCUCAGAAGGUGGAGCCAAAGUGUCACGUAUGUCAGAGGAAGUGUGUCCUGUUCUAGACAGGCCAGAGAGAUAUGAACAUUCACCACAGGUGCUGUGUAAGGAGGGUCUUCUGGGCAGUCGUGGGUACUGGGAGGUGGACUGCGAGGGCUGGGUGGUGGUUGGGGUGGCAUGUGAAAGCGCAGGGCGGAAAGCUAAGGAUGGCCCAUGUGGGCUGGGAGAGAAUGACCUGUCAUGGGGUGUGGGCUGGGCUGGAUCCUGCUACCACGUCUGGCAGAACGGAGAGAACAUCGAAUUCCAGGCUCCCCUCUGUCCCACCAUCGGCAUCUACGCUGACCAGCCAGCUGGCAUCAUUACGUUUUUCAUGGUCGAAGAUGGAGAGAACGGCUCAAAGGAGGUCAGACUGAUUCAUCGGUUUGCAACCAGUUUCAAGGAGAAGCUCUUCCCUGGUUUCUGGGUGGGCAGGAACUCCUACUGCUGGAUCCGAAAGCAGGAUCAGUCAAUGAGAUCCAAAUCAACAUAAAUGAUACUAAAACUUGCAUUCUAAACCUGAAUCUGCCUGUAAGUAAGCACUAGGUUGCUGCAAAAUGUAGUGUUUUAGUAUUUUAACCAGCAACUGAAUUGGUGUAGCAUUAAUCUUUAUACUAAUUAUUUUGAAUAGUCACGGUAUUCAUUUUAUAUUCCAUGUGAUGGCAAAUACAGAUACUGUAGGAAAUAUUUAUCUCUGUAAUCUAAUAAACUAGUUCAAAAUAAUAAUGAUGUGCAAUAUAUGAGUGGUGUGUUGUGUUUUUAUUGCUGACAUGUCUUUAAAAGCAAGUAAAGGUCUUGGGGGAUAAUCAAGGGGUCAGUGUUUAUCUGGUUAGUGUGACCCAGUUCACAAAGCUUUUCUCUACUGACAGACAUUCAAAAGUACUUUUUUUGCAAAAUGUUACACCAUUGAACAAUUCUCUGAGGGCCUUUGAAAGCAUCUGUACAGAUUUUACUUUCUC